UACCACAGAGCGUAUACGGAACAGAUCACUAACGCAGCUCCCAAAACCCUCGCCCUCCACUCUCCUCCUUUCCGGCGGCCAUCCCUCUCCGCCGCCGCAAAAACCCCGCGAGCACCGCCUCCGCAAAACCCUCCUCACCAUGGCUCCGGGGGAAGCCGGCGUCGAGCAGCCGCGUAAGGCGCAUCGCGUGGCCAAGUCGGGCGCGAAGGCGCGGAAGAAGAAGGGCAAGGGCGCCGCCGGCGAUGAUGAAGGGGGCGAGAGGAAGAACCCCAAGGCUUUUGCCUUCCGUUCAGCAACAAAAGCGAAGCGGCUACAAUCUCGAUCAGCGGAAAUUGAACAACGCCGUCUCCAUGUGCCAAUCAUGGAUCGCUCAAUUGGGGAACCACCUCCUUUUGUUGUCGUAGUCCAAGGACCUCCGCAGGUUGGAAAGUCGCUGCUGAUAAAGUGUCUAGUAAAGCACUACACUAAACAAAACUUGUCAGAUGUCCGUGGUCCCAUCACGGUUGUAUCAGGUAAAAGCAGGAGGGUGCAGUUCUUGGAGUGUCCAAGUGAUAUCAACGGAAUGAUCGAUGCUGCUAAAAUAGCAGAUCUUGCUCUGCUGCUUAUUGAUGGUAGCUAUGGAUUUGAGAUGGAUACAUUUGAGUUCCUUAAUAUCAUGCAAGUGCAUGGAUUCCCCAAGGUAAUGGGAGUGCUUACACAUCUUGAUCAAUUUAAAGAUGUAAAGAAGCUAAGGAAAACUAAGCAGCGCCUUAAGCAUCGAUUCUGGGCUGAGAUAAAGGAGGGAGCGAAACUGUUCUACUUAUCUGGUCUCAUUCAUGGAAAAUACACGAAAAGAGAAGUCCAUAAUCUUGCAAGGUUUAUAUCUGUUAUCAAGCCCAUCCCUUUGAGUUGGCGAAUGGCACAUCCUUACUUGUUAGCAGAUAGAUUCGAAGAUGUAACUCCGUCAGAAAGUGUGCGCUUGAACAGGAAAUGUGACAGAAAAAUAACGCUGUAUGGUUACUUACGUGGAUGUAACAUGAAAAGAGGGACCAAGGUGCAUAUCACAGGAGCAGGUGAUUUCAGCUUGUCUGGUGUAACAAGUUUGGCUGAUCCCUGCCCUUUGCCAUCGGCUGCAAAGAAGCGAGGACUACGUGACAAGGAGAAGCUGUUCUAUGCCCCAAUGUCUGGCCUUGGGGAUCUCCUGUAUGACAAGGAUGCGGUGUACAUUAACAUUAAUGAUCAUCUUGUUCAGUUUUCAAACACUGAUGACAACAAUGCAUCUAAGAAACAAGGGAAAGGUAAUGAUGUUGGUGUGGCUCUAGUAAAAACUCUUCAGAACACCAAGUACUCCCUUGAUGAGAAGCUAGAUCAGAGUUUUAUAAAUUUCUUCGGCAGACGGCCUGCUGCUCAGUCCGAAGACAGUGACAUGACAGGCAAUGCCAUUUCUUCAAGACAGAAUGACCAAGGAGAUGCUAACAUUUUGGCACAAGUAGGUGGUAAUAGCCUUAGUAGUGCAGGCACCCUGGAGAGCAACCGGCACUCUUCUUCCGAGUGCUCUAGUGAUAGUGAAGGUGACAAUGAUGAUGACAUUCAGCCAAGUGAUCUUGGCGUUGACUUGAGAGAAGAAGUGGAAUUUUGCAAUGGAAGAAUGAGGCGAAAAGCUGUGUCAGCUAAUUUUCAAGAUGAUGACGAUGAUGCUGAUGAGGGCUCUGAUAACGAAGAUGAUAGUCGCAAUGAAGAUUCUGACGAUGACCACCUAUCUGAAGGUUCUUUAUCAUCAGAUGGUAGUGAAGAUCUUGAUUCAGAUGAUGGAACUGAAAACACUUCGAAGUGGAAAAAAUCUUUACUUGCUAGAACACUGUCCAGACGGAGUGCCAGUCUAAUGCAACUUGUGUAUGGGCAAGCUUCAGCAGAACUAGACAAUGACAGCGGCGAAGAAGGUAGCUCUGAUGAAGAAAUUUUUGUACCGAAAGGACAAAAAAAGCAAGUAAAGAAUGAAUUACCAAGCUUUGAUGAUAUUGAUGCUGAGGAUUACUCUAAGUUCUCGAAAGUGGAGCUACGUGAUUGGUCUAACGAAGAUCUCAUCAAAAGCAUCCGUGACCGUUUUGUGACUGGAGAUUGGUCAAAAGCUUCUCUGAGAGGCCGUGAGGUAGAUGAAAAUGGAGAGGGUGAUGAAGAAAUCGAUGGUGAUUUUGAAGAUCUGGAAACUGGUGAGGUACACAAGAGCCAGGCUGCUGAAAAUGCAGCUGGGACGCCAGGUGUUCACAAAGAAGACGAACUAAAAGUUGAAGAGCUAAGACUCAAGAAGCUUGCGCUUAAAGCAAAAUUUGAUUCAGAAUAUGAUGGAUCGGACCUCUCUGGUGAGGAAGCUGAUAACGAGAAGAAGAAAUCGAAAAGAGAGCAAUCGGACGCAGGGGGUUAUUUUGACAAAUUGAAGGAGGAAAUUGAACUCCGCAAGCAAAUGAAUAUAUCUGAACUCAAUGAUCUGGAUGAAGAUACCCGAGUAGAAAUUGAAGGAUUUAGGACUGGUACUUACGUCAGAUUAGAGAUACAUGGUGUGCCGUAUGAGCUAGUUGAGCAUUUUGAUCCUUGUCACCCCAUUCUCGUUGGGGGUAUUGGCCUUGGUGAGGAGAACACUGGAUAUAUGCAGGUUAGCUUGAAGCGCCACAGGUGGCAUAGGAAAGUGUUGAAGACAAAAGACCCAAUUGUCGUCUCUAUUGGUUGGAGACGUUUCCAAACAACGCCUGUGUAUGCAAUAGAGGAUCGAAAUGGUCGGCACCGCAUGCUCAAGUACACACCUGAGCAUAUGCAUUGCUUUGCUAUGUUUUGGGGGCCACUGGCUCCACCAAAAAGCGGUGUACUAGCUGUCCAGAGUCUUUCCAGCAAUAAGGUACCAUUUAGAAUUACUGCAACUGGUUGGGUUCAGGAAUUCAACAAUACUGCCCGAAUUAUGAAGAAGAUCAAGCUCACAGGCGCACCAUGCAAGAUAUUUAAGAAAACCGCCUUAAUUAAAGGGAUGUUCACAUCUGAUUUAGAGGUUGCUAGGUUUGAAGGUGCAGCAAUUCGGACAGUAAGUGGAAUCCGAGGACAAGUUAAGAAGGCAGCAAAGAUCGAACCAGGAGAUGCGCUAAGGAGAAAAGGGGAAGCUACGGAAGGCAUUGCGAGGUGCACAUUUGAGGACAAAGUUCUUAUGAGUGACAUUGUCUUCAUGCGAGCAUGGGUCAACGUUGAAGUUCCCACCUACUGUAAUCUUGUGACCACUUCUCUUCAACCCCGAGAUCAGAUGUGGCAAGGCAUGAGAACCACUGCUGAGUUGCGGAAGGCAUACAACAUACCUAUUCCACACAACAAAGACUCUGUUUACAAGGGUAUUGAGAGGAAAGUGCGGAAGUUCAAUGCAAUAGAGGUCCCUAGGAAACUGCAACCUUUACUUCCUUUUAAAUCAAAGCCGAAGGAUAGACCUAAGGGCAAGAAAGGAUCAGCUGUAGACAUGAUACCAGAGAUUAUGAAUAUUGGUGAGAAGAAGAUACAUGGAGCUCUUCAACAGUUGCAUCUGUUAAAGCAUGAAAAGACGAGGAAGGAGAAAAUCAAGCGUGGGCUGCAGAAGAAAGCACACGAGGUGCAGAAAGCCAAGACAGAUGAGAUAACGAGGAAGCGGCAGAGGGAAGAUAGGCGUGAGAGAUACAGGGAAGAAGAUAAGAAAAAGAAGCGUGCCCGAAGGUAGGCGAGGAAGGUACAAGGGUCUGUCUCUGCACUGUCGUUCCCGUCAGAUGAAGCACCAGCCAGGACGCACUGUCUACCCAAGACAUGUCACCCCACUGGCACGGCUGGCAGCAGACGACUCAUGAACCUCUAGUACGGAUUAGUUGGAGAUGCAUGUGAUAUUGCUAGUCACUCUCGCAAAAGAGAAAGAUGUGGUAACUAGGGCCGGUGACACCAUGUUUAACCGAUAAGCGUAUACCUCCGUGCUUAUGUAGAUUUUGUCAUCCAUGAGUGACCAGCUUACAUCGUAUGUUGAAAAGUUGAGAGACAGAACAGUUGGCCAAUUUUGUUUCGUCAGGUUUUGAGCUUUUGGAGUUAUUGACAUUGGUUUUGACUAGAAAAA